UCUUUUUCAGAUUUAGAAGACUCCGUUAUCGUGGGAAAGAGCAAAAAUCAUUUGAGAAGUUUAAGGAGUUGGCUAUCCCCUGUAGCACGAAGCGUGAAAUCUGCCUGGAAGCGCUGUUGGCGUGCAUCCGCGGACGGCUGGGCUGCAAGUACAUUUCACUCACGAUGUGACAGCAAGGGCCCGACUGUCACAAUAAUAAGGGUCGGGAGAUAUAUUUUCGGAGGAUACACAAGUAUUUCAUGGGGUAAGUGAGCAUAUAAGCAAUGGCAGUGGCAUUUAUACCUUUGGCGUAAUUGGCAUUGAUAUGUUCAGCUAAACGUGGAGCUUGGUACUUAGCAAUAUGGAAUCACGUAACUCUACCUUUCAUACAUGGUUAAGCAGUGGCGGACAAAGGUUCUAGGUUAAUAGCUCUAGAUGUGGGCCUAUAUCCCCUCGUUCCUCAAGGGGCAAGGACCGCCCCUCCUACACUGACAUGAUAUGACAUGACCCCACUUCUCAAGUUCUGGUUGUGAUGCAUUUCUAGCCUGUCAAAACGUGCCCAAAUUCCAGGCUACUACUAUUAUAAUAAUUUUAUAAAAUAUCGAUAUUGUUCUGACUUUCUUGCCACCCUGCUAUCUUCCAUCCCUCAGUUCCCACAUUGCAAAAGUAGCGACUAACGAACUUCACCACAGGUUUUUGGUGAAAUUCGCAAAUUUUGGCAAAGAAAAAACACGCUCUUUUGACAUGUCCACGUACGUGAUACACCAAGACGAAGGUUCAUUUCACCGAUCAAACUUUCGUAAUUUCGCCUGAGCGAAAUGUCGGGAAGAGGAUUCUUCGCUUCGGAUUCGAACGAACUUAAUAGACUGAAAUGGGUGACAGAAAUACAUAAUGUUUUAUACCUUUUCAAGGAUAAAGGUUCCUAAAACUCUUUAUUGUCUAUUUCCUUUAUUGUAUUCUUAAUACAGUACCCUUAAAAUCGAACGAAGUAUUAAUCUACCAAUAAAAGUGUAUUGCGACAUGCACCAGUUCAUGUAAAAAGAAGCUUCUGGCUUCGGCAAGUGGUAAAAAAGACAAAAACAGAUAAAUUUGGAGAUUUUGCUCCAUAAAGUUAUAAGAGAACAUAUAUUAUUAAUUACUAAUUUUUUUUCCCCGAUCUAUUGCUUGUAAUUGCAAACCUUUUAAAAUUAACAUCUCCCACAGGCCGACACCUCAGGUUCGGUGAGCUUGCAGCCACAUAAAACUCUCUCCUGAGCGGACGAACCACGCUUGUCAUGAGUAUAGCUGUAUCUUUUACCAAAGUACCUGCACGUAAAUAAUAAUGCAAUAAAAUAAUAUUCAUACUAAUAAUAAUGAUGAAGAUGAUGAUGAUGAUGAUGAUGAUGAUGAUAAUAAUAAUAAUAUAAUUAUAAUGAUAAUAAUAAUAUUGAUAACAGGGGCGGAUCCAGGAUUUUUUUCAGGAGGGGGUGCACUCGUCUCUUGCUCUACUUCAACACCAAUAAACCACAAAGUUUUUUUUUUGAAGAAUACCAGUUGUAUUAGAAAACCGCAGGUAAUCACAGGGGGGGGGGGNAUUUGUUUUAUGAGAAUAAGGUAUUUACUGUUUUUAAUUAAUAAUAACCAUCAUCAUCAUCGUCAUCAUUAUGACAGGCACGAGGACAAUGUCGCUAACUUAUCUUAGAAAACUUUUGUUUCAUGUCUUUUAGUUUCUGGUUCUGGCCAGUAUCAAUACGACUCAAAAGCCUUCUUAUUUUCGCUGGUAAACAAGCCAGGAUGGGCGCCUGUCAAAUUGUCUCAGUCAGGGCAAUAUAGUUCUAGAAAAAAAUCCAUAUUCUUUUACUCAUCCUAUGGACCUACAUUCGGAGGAGGACAUGACAUUAACGUCAACAACUACGCGUCAUCUGAUAGCAAUUCUUACAGCGAACUUGGCCAUACUUACAGCCCACCGAGCGGAUACAGCUACGGCAUCACCUUCACAGUAACAUUCCUGGCAGGAACUUACAAGUUCACACCAGACGAAGUUGAAACCUUUUACGAAACAACCUAA